AAGAUGAGUGCACCUCUUGUUAGUCACCCAUAAGCUUCUGAGACAGCGGAGCAGGAAUGCUGUGUACUCACCAGGGUCCUCCUCUCUGUGUGACACCAGCGGGAGGACAGCAGGCACAUCACAGAUCUCACCUUUCUCCCAGGUCGGACACAAAUCUGGAGAAGCAAACAGUCAGCUGGAUUUGCCCCUCUCUAUUCACCUCUACUGAGAAGAUUUUCAGAAGCAGGUAAAUUGGAAAAGACCAUAACUUGCUGGGACAGAUCAUUCUGCUGUGGCCAGAAACAGUUAACUUACGAACUGCAGGUUUUCCUGAACACACUAAAAUGAACUGUAGAGUCAGAUUUAAUAAUUUAAGAGCAGGGUGAUAGACUUCCUGAAUGUAGAGGUCUGGGGGAAAAAGGUUAAUCAAAUCCUGGAAUUCAGAGAAAACAACGUUUAAAAGAAAUGCUUGUUAUUCUACUUCUAUUUGUAAAGAGCUGAAUCUAGCAAAGAUGUAGCUGGAUGUUACAAAGCACUGCUUCUUAUAAGUAGCAGUCACUGAGAAAUCAUCCUAGACAUAAAUGACUCAAACCUUCCUCAGGCUCAGCUGACAACAGGUCACAGAAACGUGGCUAAAACAGGACCCAGAGCUCUGGGAAGCGUGCAGAGUACAGGGGAAGUUUUGCUCCACGUCUGCAACAGGAACUUUAUGGUGUCUUCUUCUUUCCCAAAGACACCAGUACAAAUCCAGAUUAACUCGAUGUCCUGACACAGGACAGUGAUGCUCUAGAGUUGUUCCAGUCCCACUGAGAGCAAGAUAAAUACCAUAUAUUUAUUCCCAAAAUACAAUACUGCUUCUUCUGCCUAGAGAAAAUGUUUGUGUGUCUCUCUGCAGCUCUGAAUGACUUUAUACACUGUUAAGCCUUGCAUGUGAUAACAAAAAAAAAAAAAAAAAAAAAAAAAAAAAAAAAAAAGUUUUAAAAACUCCGGAAAGUUCCUGGCAGUAUAGAAACACAUCGUUGUACUGCACUGGGCAGGCGUAUAAAUAGCUAGAGAAGUGCUUUCUGUGCAUCUGGUGCUUUGCUGUGUUUCACCAGGAGAGGGUAGAGUUUGGAAAGGACUCCUGGCAGCCUAGGCUCCCUAUUGUGCUGGGAAACAGCGAAGGGAAAACAAGCACAAGUUUCUCCUCUGCCUGUUUGCACCGACUGACUAUGUGCGAGAGUCAGCAGAUGAACUCUGGAAGACCUUAAAGUAAACAGAAAACGGAAAGAGAAACAAAAUUCAAAAGAAGCUUUCUAGGGAAAUCUGUGGAACCGAAGUGGAAGCCUCGGCAGUUCCCGUGGGCUCACCCUGCCGACUGUAUCUCUGAGAACUGUCACUCACCGCACGUUGCGUUAAUCUGAGCUCGGGAUUUAUUUCUCUGCCGUGACUUCCAAGCUGUGAAUAGAUAUCACUUUUAGAGAGAGAAUGGGACCUGAAAAGACUCUCGAGCACUGAACAGAGUGGUGAGUUUUAUUAAAUGGUUUCUUCUCUUUCCAGUCUGCUGGAGCUUUCUAACAUCCUGCUUGCAGGCACAGCAGCCCGAUGACUUGUCUUUUCCCUGCAGCUUGUUGCAUUCCUCACCAGGCUUUCCUGACCGCAGGUUUCUUUCAGUAACCUUUCCCACCAAGACUCCAGGUCAGUUUGGUGACAUUUGUAACAGGGCUGGUCCAGUGCUGAUUUGCUUCCAUGAGAGAUUAAAACCACAAAGCUGUGAAACCAAACAACGGGCUAAAAAUCAACCAAAAUCCAAUCCAAUAAUAAAAUGGCAGGUGACUCUAGGUUUCCACAUGUGGACACUGAUGGAUCAGAAAAAAGUGAAGAAAUGGAGAUUGUAGUCAAUGUCGGUGGGGUAAGGCAGGUGUUCUACGGAGAUAACCUGAAUCAGUACCCAGAAACACGGCUGGCAGAGCUGGUCAAUUGUUUAUCGGGGGGAUACGAUAGCAUAUUCUCCCUCUGUGAUGACUAUGAUCCUGGAAAGAGAGAGUUUUACUUUGACAGAGAUCCAGAUGCUUUCAAAUGCAUUAUUGACGUGUACUACUUUGGGGAAAUUCACAUGAAAAAAGGAAUUUGCCCCAUAUGUUUCAAGAAUGAAAUGGAAUUUUGGAAAGUGGAUCUGAAAUUUUUGGAUGAGUGCUGCAAAGCUCACCUAAGUGAAAAAAAGGAGGAACUGGAAGAAAUAGCCCGAAGGGUGCAACUCAUUCUGGAUGACUUGGGAGUAGACGCUUCAGAAAGUCGCUGGAAAAGGUGCCAAAAAUGCAUCUGGAAAUUUCUGGAGAAGCCAGAAUCAUCCUAUCCAGCUAGAGUGAUUGCUGUACUGUCCUUUCUGUUUAUUUUGAUCUCCUCUGUUGUGAUGUGUGUGGGGACCAUCCCAGACUUGCAGGUGGUAGAUGCAGAGGGGAACCGUAUGGAGCACCCGACCCUGGACAGCAUCGAGACCGCCUGCAUAGGCUGGUUUACCAUGGAGUAUGUGCUGAGGCUGAUCUCCUCCCCCAACAAACUCCACUUUGCCCUUUCUUUCAUGAACAUUGUUGAUGUGCUAGCAAUACUUCCUUUCUACGUCAGCCUGACCUUGACCCACCUGGGAGCCAAGCUGAUGGAGCUGAGCAAUGUCCAGCAGGCCGUCCAGGCACUGCGCAUCAUGAGGAUCGCAAGGAUAUUCAAGCUUGCACGGCAUUCCUCAGGGCUCCAGACCCUAACCUAUGCCCUGAAACGCAGCUUUAAGGAGCUCGGGCUGCUCCUCAUGUACUUAGCUGUUGGAAUCUUUGUCUUUUCUGCCCUAGGUUACACCAUGGAACAAAGUCACCCUGAAACUUUAUUUAAAAGCAUCCCUCAAUCAUUUUGGUGGGCAAUCAUUACAAUGACCACUGUUGGAUAUGGAGACAUUUACCCUAAAACAACACUAGGAAAACUGAAUGCUGCCAUCAGUUUUCUUUGUGGAGUGAUAGCAAUCGCCCUCCCCAUCCACCCCAUCAUUAACAACUUUGUCAGAUAUUACAACAAGCAGAGAGUUUUAGAAACAGCUGCCAAACAUGAAUUGGAGCUGAUGGAACUAAACUCUGCUGAGGGGAAAGCUGCAGGCUCCAGAAGCGAACUAGAGGAUCUUUCAAGGGAAGGCAAAGAGGGUCCUUUUUAUAGCAACCGGAUAAAAGUCUCCCACAGUGACACCUUUAUUCAUCUCCUGUCAGAAGAGAAACACUAUAGGACCAGGCUUCAAAGCUGCAAAUAAACUGUGAGCUGUUGUCAGCGCUAAGCUACAGAUCAGGACAACCUGACAAUCAGCUAUGGAAGGGACUCGCAGAUCUGUCAGAGCUGGGAGGGAGCACUGCUUUGCUUUUCCAACAUGAAUAUAAAUUAACCCCAUGGCUUCUCCAUCAACAGUUGGUAAGACUUUACCGUUAUUAACCCAAAAUAAAAUAGUAGGACUCCACUGAGAUCAGACUGCUUAUACUGAGUGUGUUCUGACACAAACCAUUUGUAACCAUUUCAGAGACUGAAAAGUCCUUCUUGAUCCGUAAAUGUUCAAUGACCCCAAUAUGCAACAUUGCCACAUUGAAACUUUGUACCUGUGACAAUAAAGAGCAGCAUCACACAGAUUGUGUCUUCCAGGCUCUCUUCAAUGCCUUUGCAGCUAGGGGAACUGCUCCUUAAAAAAAUUAAAACACCCUCUCACUUGUAUUAGCUUCAGGCUUACAGCAAAAUGUUACAAGCAGUUUGAGCCUAGAGAUACUGAAAGUAUCAGCAUAUACUGUGUGCAGAAUAUUAGAGUGAAUAAAUGGCUUCGUUUUGUAAAAUGUACUUUGGUGUCAAUUUUUGGAUGGGUUUCUGUUCCUCUUUCCAGAAAUAGUGUCAUUUUCAAUGGGACAUGAAACUAUAUUUUGAGCAGAGAUAUAGAACAGAAUCAAUGUAUUUUAAGGAGCAAAUUUAAAAAUAUUUGUUCUAGCUAUUAAUUACAGCACAGUUUAUAUAUGCAGGGAUCUCUCAGGAAGGAUUUAUAAUUAAGUAGCUUUUUAAAACUGUAAGUCAAAUCAUGGUAUCUUUAAUUCUCUACUAAAUCAAGGGAAGUUUAUAAGGAAGUUAAAUUAAGUAAUUCUAAAUAAGAAACUUUAACUCUUUGAAAGUAACUGCACAGAAAGUUUCAGUAAAAAUAGUAUAAUCUUCAAUUGAUUUAUGGUGAAAAUAUCUAGCUGAAUAAACAUAUUAUUAGGUCAUUUUUUAAAAUAACAUAUCCUUCCUCUACAAUAACUGCAAGCUUUGUAAAUGUUAGUUUACAGAAGUAGUAGGCACUAAUCAGUAUCUUCUUCAUUAAUUAAUAAACUAAUUAAUCAAC